AUGAGCGGAGUGGCCACGCUGUCCGAGGACGAGUACGCGCUGGAGGACAUCUCGUGGGACGAGAUCGACAAGCUCAAGUACUACGUGGUGGGCCCCACCAUGUUCCUGGCCGUGCGCGCCGCCGUGUACCCGAGCAACCUGGUCAAGACGCGGCUGCAGGUGCAGUCCAAGCACAAGCCGCUCUACUCGGGCACGGCCAACGCGUUCGCCACCAUCCUGCGCCAGGAGGGCGCGCGCGGGCUGUACAAGGGCUUCGGGGCCAGCACGGCCAACGUGCUCACGGGCAACCUCUACAUCUCGGUCUACGAGAAGUCGCGCAAGGUCUUCAGGGACCACACGACGGCCGGGGACAAGUGGGCCAACUUCGCGGGCGGCGCCUGCGCGUCGCUCGUCUCGCAGACGGUCGUGGUGCCGCUGGACAUCGUGUCGCAGCGCAUGAUGCUCAGCGGCCAGGGCCAGGACGUGCGCAAGACGCGCGAGCGCGCCAAGGGCUUCCUGGCCGUCACCAAGCAGGUCUUCCGCACCGAGGGCCUGCGCGGCUUCUACCGGGGAUACGUGCCGUCCAUCGCCACGUACGCGCCGUCGUCCUCCAUCUGGUGGGGCUCCUACGGCCUGCUCGUGCCCGUGUACUAUAGAUUGAUGAGGAAGUGGGAGACGGACCCCUUCUGGAAGCAAGUGGUGGCGCAGGGCCUGAGCGGCGCGAGCGCCGGCAUCAUCACGGGCGUGCUGACCAACCCCAUGGACAUUGUGCGGACAAAGGCGCAGGUAUAUACGCAGUACGGCGCCAUGGACACCCUCAAGUAUAUUUUAAAGACCGAAGGGCCGAUGGGCCUCAUGACGGGCCUCUCUGCGCGGCUGCUGGCGAUGGGGCCGUCGGGUAUCCUCAUGGUCACGUCCUACGAGUUCGUCAAGCGCGUGUGCCGGAAACCGCAGGAGCCAGACGCCGACGCCGACGAUGAUGCGUAA